AGAUUUAUACAGUAGUUCAACAAAAGUCACAUACUUCAGGAUACUUGCUGCAGAGCUGACCUUCUAGGAAAGAGUUGGCAUUCCCAUGAGCAAUGGAGAAAAUCUAUGACAAUGCUGUUGAUGUCAAAACCCUAAGCUCAAGAUCACCAACAAUACAAGAAGGUCCCAGGAGACUUCUCAGAGCAUCUGUUCUCGGUCUGGGGCUGCUGAGUGUUUUCCUGCUGGCUGGACUCAUCGGCCUUGCUGUCCACUACCAUAACUCAGUAGGUGGUGCAGCUGAGCGUCUCCAGGCCAGCGAUCAGCUGAUCAACCAGCUGAAGGCCAACCUCACUGAAAAGACCAGAGAGGUGGACAGGCUUCAGUGUUUGAUGGGCAAGGGAUGGAGGAAGUUUGGUAGUUCCUUUUAUCUCCUCUCUACUGAGCAUGCUUCUUGGGAACAAAGCAAACAAGACUGCACAGCCAGAGGAGCAGAUCUGGUGAUCGUAGACAGUGAGGAAGAACAGGAAUUCAUAACUAGCAUGAUCAAGGAAGACACUUGGAUUGGUUUGAGUGACAGAGAAGAGGGGGGGACCUGGAAAUGGGUGGAUGGAUCUCCACUGACCCUGACGUUUUGGAUAGAAGGAGAGCCUGAUAAUGGAGGAGGGGGGUUUGAAGAGGACUGUGUAAACAUCAAUCCCUCCACCGGGUGGAACGGCUGGUCCUGUUGGAACUAUCUGCCUUGGAUCUGUGAGAAAGAAGCUUAACAUUGGUGUCUGUUUGGAUACUAAACAUGCAAUCAUGCUUUUACAAUUUAGUUUAAAUCGAGUUAUUUAAAACUAUACAAAAUGCCUGAUUUCAUGAAUAAGAAUUACUUUGCUCGAAUUGAUGAAUCACAAUUUGUUUAGUGUUUUUGUUUAGGAUUAAUAUUAGUAAUAAAUAAUUAGUCAUUUAAUUAGUUUUUGCCAACUUUUGUUUGCCUCAAUUAAAUUAGUAUUUGUAUUAAUCCUUUUACAUAUCUUAUGCAACGUUCUUAUGAACUGGAAAGUCAGAAAGCCCAACUGCUUCAAUUGAAAUAGAUGGCUGGAGGACUUCCUAAAACAUCUGAAGAAUGGAAGAAGCUGCUUUCUCCCUGUUAUAUUUGGUUAAGCCAGACAACAGGCUCUGGGAUAAGAUAAGGGCUUUCCUGAGGCCUGUACUACGAAGCUGGAUUUUCGCUUAGCCGGCUAACUUCAGGGAAAUCUCGGGCUUUCCGG